UAUUCCACAGAUUAUUCCCAAACAUCUGCCCAGGGCUAUGGGUCCUACGGUGGAGGAGGAGGUGGUGGAGGAGGUGGCGGCUCCAACCAGGGCUACGGUCAGUCUUCCGGCCAGAGUUACAGCCAGCAGGGUUACGGAGGCUACAACCAGAGCUCGGACAGCGGCUCCGGCUCCGGCUCCGGCUCGUACAACCAGGGAGGAUACGGCAGCUACGGUCAGCCCUCGUCAGGAGGAUACGGUUCUCCGUCUUCUAACCAGGGUGGUAGUGGCGGCGGCGGUGGCGGCGGUUAUAAUCAUUCCAGUCAGUCCUACAGCUCUGGAGGUUACAACAGCAACCAGCCCUCCAGCAUGAGCUACAACCAGCAGUCAUCCUUCUCUGGGUACAGCCAGCAGCAGCCUCCCUCCUCAUCCUCCUCAGGCUAUGAAGGCAGCUCGCAGGCUCCCGGCUACAACCAGCCACCAAGCGGCGGACAGAGCGGAGGUGGUUACGGCAGCGGUGGCGGUCAGACUGGUGGCUACGGGGGAAGUGGGGGCCACCAGCAAUCAUCCCAACACGGAGGAGGUCACUACAACCAGUCUCCAAGCUACAACUCUCCCCCUCUUCAGAGCUACAGUCAGCAGAGCCAGUACGGUCAAAGUGGAGGAUAUGGAGACGAAAGCCCGCCGAUGAGCGGAGGAGGAGGUGGAGGGUACGGUGGUCCUGAUGGAGGUUACGGUCAGGAUGGACGCGGAGGCAGGGGCCGCGGGGGUGGAUUCGGAGGACGUGGUGGCGGCGGCAGCGGCGGCGGAUACGAUCGAGGUUUUGACCGAGGUGGCUGAGGCGGACCAAGAGGAAGAGGAGGCAUGGGAAUUGGCGAUCGUGGAGGAUUCAAUAAGUUUGGUGGACCAAGAGACCCGGGACAUGGAGGACCCGGCUUCAUGCAAGACCAGGAUAACUCUGAUAAUAACACCAUCUUCGUGCAAGGCCUGGGAGACGACUACACUGUGGAAUCAGUGGCAGACUUUUUCAAGCAGAUCGGGAUCAUUAAGGUCAACAAGAAGACCGGCCUCCCCAUGAUCAACCUGUACACAGACAGAGAGACGGGGAAGCUAAAGGGGGAGGCCACAGUUUCCUUCGAUGACCCCCCCUCAGCUAAGGCCGCCAUCGACUGGUUUGAUGGUAAAGACUUCAAUGGAAAUCCUAUCAAGGUGUCUUUUGCAACCCGCAGAGCUGACUUUGGAGGCCGAGGUGGGAUGAGGGGAGGUCGAGGACGAGGAGGUGAGCUGUUCUUGAGCUUUUGAAGGUUCGCAUUUUGUAAUAGCAGUACGAGUUGUUUCC